UUUCAUUCGCAACUCCUUUGCACAGUCACCGGUCUGUACUGUACCUGGGAGUAUAAUGGAACAGCCAAACAGUGAGAAGGAUGAGCACGAGCUCAGCCUUGACCUCACCCUCCGCGUGAGCUCGGCAGCUGAGGCGGAGCAGGGCGGCUUCUUCCUCUGCGUCUACUGCGACCGCAAGUUCCGCAGCUCGCAGGCGCUUGGUGGCCACCAGAACGCGCACAAGCACGAGCGCAGCCUCGCCCACCGCCGGCGGGAGAUGGCCGCCGCCACGGGUGCACACGGGGCCGGAACGCGCGCGCAUGCGGCGCAGGACGAGAGGCCCAGGUAUGUUUCCGCCGGUGAUUUCGUCGAGCCUUCCGCUGGGAAGGCGGGGAGGACGGAGGCAAGUCCGUGGAAGGUUGCUGCUGCUCCCAUGACUGAUGAUGUGGACCUGUCGCUCAGGCUAUGAUCGAUCUCUUCUUCUAGCUAGUUGAGUUUCUCUCAUGGAAUUCCGACCUGCGCGCGCGUCGCGCCGUAUUUUGGGCUCCUAUUUCUUGUGUAUUCUCCGAUCAAUCUGACUGAAUGUACUUACCGAAAUGUGCCGUCAAAUAUACUACUC